AUGCGCCGCGGCCAUGUCCCGCACAUCUCCAUCAGCGAUGACAACCACCACGUCACCGAGGCCAUAGGCGAUCUGUAUGGCGGAGACAGCGACGCCGACUCCCCCAAGCGCAGCUCGCGGCCACUCAGCUUCCUGCCCGACUCCCUGAGCGACAGCAUCCAAACCCCCUUCGAUCCCUUCCCCGGCAUGGCCCCGCCCGCAAAGUCGCCCCUACGCCCUCAGGUGCAUCUCGACGGCAAGCCCCAGAUGUCCACGAGCCCCAACGGCGCCGGCGGCAUGUCUCCCCCGGGCGCCCGCAACAGCCCCAACGGCCAGCUCUCACCACCUCUGUCACGCACCACCUCCGACACCGCCUCGCAGCAGUUUCCCCUCAACGACCUCGACUACGAGUCGAGUCCCGCCGGACUCGCCCAGGAGCUCAGCAAUCUGCAGGCAAUCCGCCGGAUGUCUAUGGACGUUCACAACGCCGACCCCGACCUGCCCUCGUUUCAGUCCUACAGCUCGGGCCCAGUAUCUCCGCCAGCAUUGUCGGACGACGACAACCAGCAGUCGUUCUGGGUACCCGCUCGCCUGCACCCUGAGCUGGCCCCCAAAGAGUUCAAGACGUUUAUCGAAGAGAAGGUUCACACCAUAAGACGCCGAUCUGGUGAGUUGAGCUCCUCGUUAUCGCCAGAUGGAGGGAUGGGGCGACAGGAUUCUGGUGGUGGACUACGCAGGAAGAAGUCUAUGCUUUCACGACAAAUCGACACUGGUUCUGGCUACAAGGACGGUGCUGAGCGUCUGGAAAGGAAACGCUCAGGAAACCAGCCAAAUGGCGGGCUGUCGAACUUGCAGGAGCUGGAGCACAUUGUAGAGGACCCGGCGGCGACUGUUAGACGUAUGAGCAUGUCCAGGAGCCCAACUCCAGAGUCGAUAGACGGUGAUGCACCUAUUAUCCCAGGUGGCAUGGGAGGUGGAAUGGGCACGCUGAAACGAUCUACACGCACCACAUACAGGCGAGGCAGUUUGCGAAGUCAGGGCCGAGUGCCACUUUCAAGACGAUUUGCCAGCCGCAGCGCCGAGACAGACACAGAAGAUUCUCCAUCUACAUCACCAACUCAUCCAGACGUACCCGAGCUGCCCAAGCUGCCACAACUCAACAGAGUACAGUCAGAGCCUAUCAACGGCGCCUUCGAGCCUUCAAACUUUUCACGGCCGAACAGGAGGACGUCACCUACCGAGGAGGAGCAACGACCUGGUUCUGCUGAACCUCAAACACGACCGGAUCCUGCUGGACGUGGACAAGAAGAGCGUCAAGGGCCGAAGCCGAAGGCCUUCCACUCGAGGAUAGCGUCCAAUGGUCGGACGAGCGCGCAUUUGCCCGGAUACAACGCACCUGCGCCACAACUAGCAUCACCUGUCCCUCAUAUCAUCGAAACCCCUCCGCCCAAGGAGCCAGAGCGAAAGCAGCAGUAUCAGCUUCCUGAGCGUACGACUUCACGGCAGUCACCUCAGCCACACCCACAGCAACAGCAACAGAGGCAGCCUCAGCAACAACCUCAACAGUACCCGCAAAAGUACCCGCAGCAGCAGCCGAAUGGACCUCGCAGCCAAGCCCAGCCUCAUCCUCCAAACCAGCAGCAACGACAAUCUCCGUCGAGUCGGCAGAACAAACAUGCUCAAGCUGCUCAAAGCUCUCCAAUCAAGCCACAGCAGUCGCUUGACGAUCUGACACAACACCCCUCGCCCAUCCCUGGCAACCACAGCACGAGAGUUGAUAAUCUGUCAAUCAUUCCAAAUCUUCCAGACGACAAGAAGGACAAGAAGUCGAAAGACAAGAAAGACGAUGCACCCAGGAAGACAAGUUGGGGCUGGUUGGUUGGCAACGACAAGAAGGAAAAGGAGAAAGAAGAGCGCGAGAAGGAAGCAGCCAAGAAAUUCAAGAAUAAGCUCAGUAAGCCACAAGAGAAGCCUGAUGACACAAGAUUGGACUUGCUUCAAUCCUCCAUGCAAAGCGGCAACCGCGGCCGAGAGAGCGUCGUGCUGGACCGCGAAAGCGUCAAGCUCGAAGAAGAGCGGAAGAAAGAGAGCAGCAGAAGAGCAUCUGGUGACAAGAAAGAGAAGGAGCCAGGUCUGCUAUCCUCCAUCUUUGGUGGUGGUAAAAAGAAGGGCGAGAAAGAGUCAAGCCACAAGAAGAACGCUUCACGUGGAUUGUCACCCGAACCUCCACCACGGAUCCUCAAGCCCGACAUCGAUUACAACUGGACCCGAUUCUCCAUCCUCGAAGAACGUGCAAUUUACCGCAUGGCUCAUAUCAAGCUCGCAAACCCUCGCCGAGAACUUUACUCCCAAGUCUUGCUCAGUAACUUCAUGUACUCGUACCUCGCCAAGGUACAGCAGAUGCACCCGCAGAUACAGAUCGGCAACUCGAAACAGGCCAAGCUAGCUGUCGCUCAGCAAAAGAAGGAGCAACAGCAGCAGCAGCAACAACAACAACAACAACAACAACAAGUGCAACAGCAGCAGCAGCAGCAGCAGCAGCAGCCUGAAGAGUUUUCGCAGUAUCAGCGGUACCAGCAGCAGCAACAGCAGCAACAAGAGCAGCCUGAGAAGUCGAGCGAAUGGCCCAGCGCCCACAAUCAGCAGGAGAACGCCCAGCAGCAGCAACAUAACGGAUAUCACCAGCAACAGCAAAAGUAUGGCCAAAGUCCUCGUGACAGCCAUCACUCCCAGCACAGCAUAAACGGCGGAGGUUACAGCGUUUCGAAUAGCUCGAACUAUCUUGGGCAGCCUGUGAGGCAGGGACAACAGGGCCAUUCAGACUCAGAUAAGAGCGGAGACGAUGACAUGUGCAUCCAAACAACCAUGACAUCCUCAAUCUCCCCCUCCAACCCUCCCCUCUCACCAACCUUCGAACCCGGCACCAUCCCCCACGAAACAAUUUCAACCCAGACCCUAAUCGACAAUCUCAAAAUGAUAAAACACCCCGAAGGCGGGUACUUCUCAGAAAUCGACCGCGACCAAAGAACAGUACCAAACCCGUUUCAGGAUCACGAGUAUGCAACAACAGCAGACAAACCUUUCAGCGGCGACAAUUCAGUCCGCAACGCCUCCACAUCAAUCCUUUACCUCCUCACCCCGCACUCACCUCAGGGUCACUUCCAUCGCAAUGCGGGAAGGACGGUGCAUACGCUUAUCCAAGGCAGGGGACGGUAUGUGUUGAUUCAUGAUGAUGAGGAGGGCGAGAAGAAGAGGGUGGAGAGUUUUGUUGUGGGGAAGGAUGUUGAGGCGGGGGAGAAGGUUGUGUGGGUUGUGGAGGGCGGGAAGUACAAGGCUAGUUUUUUGGAAGCGGAGGAGGGGGUAGAUGAGUGGGAGAGUAAGUUGUUGAUUAGUGAGACGGUUGUGCCGGGGUUCGAGUACUCGGAUCAUGACUUUUUGGCAAAGGAGACGUUCGAAAAGAUUGUCACGGAGGAGCAAGCUGAUGAGCUGAAGUGGUUGAUCAGGAAGGAAUAGGCGGCUCAAUCGCGUAGCUGAGAAACGACAAUCUAUUGGUUGAGGGCCACGUGUGCAAGUUGCGUUGAUUGAUGCUACGGUGUGAUCCAUCGCGUGAGGAGCGGAGGCAGGAGAGAGGGCAACGGUACGAAGGCAUUGACGAGGGUGACGAAGCGCAGUCAAAAGGGAGACGAAGACACCCUCACUCACAAUAGCGUUCGGG